UUCAUAAUUUAAUUCAAUAAUGGCCGAUGUCUAGUUUAUCUAAAUACGGAAUAUUUAUUAGUUUCCGUAUACACAAAUUAAAUUUAAUAUUCAAAUGUGUUAAAGUGUGCGAGCUAAUUAGACGAUAGGCGGAAUGUUUCCGCUCACACCGCCAGUUGUAAAGCGUCUGCUGGGAUGGAAAAAGGGUCCGGAAGGAUCAUCAGCAGAGGAUAAAUGGUCUGAAAAAGCAGUGAAAAGCCUUGUGAAGAAGCUGAGGAAGAGCGGUGCCAUUGAGGAAUUAGAAAAAGCGCUAUCCAAUCAGACCAGUCACACCAAAUGCGUUACAAUACCCAGAGUGAAACCCAACGACAACGUCAUAAACGGCCAGUACAGGAAGGGGUUGCCGCAUGUUGUCUAUUGCAGGCUGUGGCGGUGGCCGCAGCUACAGAGUCAGCAUGAACUAAAGCCGGUCGACCACUGCGAGUACGCAUAUCAAUUGAAAAAGGACGAAGUGUGCAUCAACCCUUAUCAUUAUAAUAAAAUAGACUCGCCUGCGUUGCCGCCUAUACUGGUGCCGCGGUGCGCGGACGGGGAGCUGCGCGCGCCGCCGCCCUACGACUACCAGCCGCACCACGACCACGAUAGCAUAUAUGGUGGUAGCGUGAUGCAGAGCGUGGUGGGCGUCGUGGGCGCGGUGGGCGGCCACAGCGCGCUGUAUCUGGAGGCCACGCUGGCGCAGCAGGUGCCCGGCAACACCACCGUGCAGCUGAGUGCGUCGUCGGUGGAGACGCCGCCGCCGGGCUACAUGAGCGAGGACGGCGACCCCAUGGACCACAACGACAACAUGAACCUGACCCGCCUGACCCCGUCCCCCGGGAACAUAGCGACGGAGGCGGCGCCCGUGCUGUACCACGAGCCCGCCUUCUGGUGCAGCAUCAGCUACUACGAGCUGAACACGCGCGUGGGAGAGACCUUCCAUGCUUCACAACCCUCGAUCACCGUGGACGGCUUCACGGAUCCCAGCAAUAGUGAAAGGUUUUGCCUGGGCCUGCUGUCGAACGUGAACAGGAACGAGGUGGUGGAGCAGACGCGCCGACACAUCGGCAAGGGCGUGCGGCUCUACUAUAUCGGCGGCGAAGUGUUCGCGGAGUGCCUCAGCGACUCGGCGAUAUUCGUGCAGAGCCCCAACUGCAACCAGCGGUACGGCUGGCACCCCGCCACCGUCUGCAAAAUACCCCCCGGCUGCAACCUCAAGAUCUUCAACAACCAGGAGUUCGCGGCGCUGCUGUCGCAGUCGGUGUCGCAGGGCUUCGAGGCGGUGUUCCAGCUCACGCGCAUGUGCACCAUCCGGAUGAGCUUCGUCAAGGGCUGGGGCGCCGAGUACAGGCGGCAGACGGUGACGUCGACGCCAUGCUGGAUCGAGCUGCACCUGAACGGGCCGCUGCAGUGGCUGGACCGCGUGCUCACGCAGAUGGGCUCGCCGCCGCUGCCGUGCUCCUCCAUGUCCUAACCACCUCAGCAGGUUAAACCACAGAGUCUAUCGGUCAAAGAAAACGAAAAAAAAAAUGAGCACAGAACUUAUAAAUAGUAGUUUUGAUAGAAACAUAAGAAGUAGCUCAACCAAUUGAUAUACCUCGAUAUUAGACCACUCUAUGUACAAUACGACGUAUGUAUGUCACCGUCAAAUUGUAAAUACCGUUAGAUUGUAAUCUAUCUCGAAAUUGUGUACUGUCGAAAGAUUGUGAAUCGCAACAUACUGAUUACAAUUUAAAGUGUUAUUAUUUGGUAGAUUGUAAGGAAGUACGUACAAAUAAAAAAAAUUAAAAUUUUCUAUAAAAAUAAAAAUUUCCGUGAGUUUCUAAACCAUUCAAGUUUACACAGUUCACAAUCUUGCGAGAUUGAUUACAAUCUAACGGUAUUUACAAUUUUACGGUGUCAUAUAUACGUACAAUUCGCAUCACGAAACUUGAAUGCACAUAAUAAUAUUAGAAAAAUAAAUAAAUUAUAACACGAAGACAUUAAAAAUAAAUAAAUAAAUUAUUGUUUAAUUCGAUAUAAAAAAAAUAUUGAAAAUUUCUCAAAGGGGGUGAAACGGGAGGGGAAAUUUUGUAUGAAAGUCUGGGACGUAAAAGAAGUUUGCUAUACUUAUUGUAUGAUAAUGACAAAACAAAAUAUGCUUGUAUUCGAAAAUCAUUGUAUCAAGUUUCGUGACGCGUAGAAUGUUGUAGAAUGUAAUUCAAAAUGGCUGCUAUUUUCUUUUUGAAGUGAAACUGCCAGUAAAGCUUUAUGGUCCCCGAACCAAUAUUAAAUUUCGUCAGCCUUUCUCUCCCGGCCCAAAACUUGUUCAGUCCUUGACAGUGUUGUUAGCUGCCUAGAAAUAGUCAGCUAGCUAAUUUACCGUUACAGUUUUAAAAAAAAAGUGUCACCUAGCCUAGUUGACACUUUUAAAAAAAAACGGUUUUAAAUUGUUCAUUAUCGUUCUACUAGAUAAAAAAAAAAUAUCCAUGCAACUGGGUCGAAAUAUCGACAUUAAAAAUCUCAUCGUGGUAUGUACCCUUUUUAAAUAAUAUUCAUAUUUAUAAAUUGAAUUUUUUAUGUUAUCACGUCUCAAAAAUGUUAUUUUUCUAGAACGAUAAUGAACAAUUUAUGAAAAUUUAAAAAAAGUGUCAACUAGCUCAUUGGUUAACUAAAUCCAGAGAAUAGCCCCUUAUAAACUCACAACAUUUUCCCCUCUAUAAUAUUAGUGUAGGUUAGAUUAGAUAGUAAACGAAAGAGAACAGAGAAUACGCCAUUUUGAAUUAUGUUAUUCGACUGCGCGAAACAUCUUCGAUUUUUAUGUAAACGAUCUUAUUUGUAAGGAGCUAAAGUGUAUUUUUCAUUGAUACUGUAUAAUAUAAUAAGUUUUUCUUUUGAAGCUUGCAAUAUAAUAUUAUAAUACGUUAGUUGAGGGGCUUACGUGAAACGUAUGUUUUGUUUAAUUUGGACACUUCACCAAGGAGGGAAUCUCCCUAUUUAAGGCAGAUACCUAGAUUUUGCAAGAUCAAAAAUACUUUUUAAUAAUUUAUUUUCCUUUGAGUAGCUUAUCGUUUUAAAUAGGAAAAAAGGAAAGCCCUUAAAAAUAAAUAAAAUAAUAUUAUAUUUACCUAUAAGUUUUUAUCGUUCUAGAGAAAGUCCCAAUUUAAAAGUCCUGUAAAGUCCAAAUUUAAUAAACCAAAGGCCCCUCAAUACUGUUCUUGACACGAUGCAAUACCAAAUUUUCGGCGUGCAUGUUACUCUUUAAGUUUGUAAACGUGUACAGGCGACCGCAUUUUACAUACAGGAUGUUCGGUUUUUAAAACUUUUGCUCUAUGGCAUAGUUUGGUUUACGUAACGCUAAGCGUUUUAAUAAGAGAUAUUUAUUCUUUGUAAUCUUACAGCGUUGAACCGGUUACAAUUUUAUGAUGUUUUAUAGACCAAAAAAAUUUAAAACGUUCAUUAAAAUGCUAUUAAAAAGUUUUAGAAACUCAUACUGUAUGUAAGAUUUGCGAAAUCUAUAUUAUUAUGUAAAUAAAUAAAAAAAAAUAUAUGAUUCAAAAUCUAAUCACAAAAAAGUGCGACGACUAAAAAAUUAACUAAAAAUAAUAUAAAAUUAUAUGCACUAGUCAAAAAAAAUAUAUUUUCACAAAAUAAUAAUUGAUUAUGUACUUUUAAAGUAUAUUUAAGCAAUAUAUUGCACAUAUUUUGGGAUAGAUUAUAAAAAAAAAAUGAAUUAUCGCGGCCGCCUGUACAUUUUCAUAUAAUCUAUAUUGUCUAUUUUCACUGAGAAAAAAAAUAUAACAUUGUUUUCCUUUAUCUAAUGCCAAUUGGUUGUACACUAAACCGAUGUGACAAAAAUAUUGUUUGUAUAGAAAGUCAUUCCUAUAGACCAUUGACCAGUUGCCAGGUGGACCCCCAGGGUCAACAGGGGUCUAUGUCGUCGUAACAAAAAAAUGGGUGUUCACGGUUCGUAAGUGGGGGCCCAUGUUAUUUUAUCUAGUUUCGUACUGAAUGGAGAGUUUUCUAAAUAGAACAAGUGAGAAUUUUUCGAGUCUUUGUGCUGUGAGUACCUAGAUAUUAAAAAGUAAAGUUUAUUAAUUGGUCAACUUCGCUUUUUACAAACACAACACAAUAAAUUAAUUAAUUCAACAAUAAAUUCUUACUUUGUUCAUCACUUUCUCACUCACAAACGAAAACUGUUAAUUUGGUUGAAACUGAGCCACAACGCAAAAUUUCCAUAGUUAUAUAUUUUUUCGAAAUUUUGGGAAAUGGUAGAAAUUUGAGCGGGGGGGGGUGUCCACCGGAACAAGCUAGAUUUCGAAUGUGGUCUAUAAGAAGAAAUACAUAGUUUGGGAACAUAGACUCAGUGGAAACAUCGCCUUAACGCAGGCGUCCACAUAUCCGCAUCGUACGUAUCGUACGCAUCGUCGUUUUGUAAUGUUAGUAUUAUACCUGCCCCCUAGCCAAGUGGCACGUCGAUUCUCUUUCUCUACGAUUCGAUCGAAACGAUCGUCGAUUUCUCUCUCUUUUUUUUUUCUUCGAUUGCUAACGCUUCGAAAACUAGAAAUAUGUGUGGGAAUGACAGAUCUUGAUCACGUUAAAAAAAAACCUGACCGAAUCGAUAGCAAAUGUCAUUCCCAUACGUCUUUCUAGUUUUCGAAGCGUUAGCGAUCGUAGAAGAGAAUCGACGUGCCACUUGGCUAGGGGGGCUGUACUAUAAUGUAAGUUUAGCAAGAAAAAGAAAGUUUUUUUUCUAUACAAACAGUGGCAAGACAAGGAAACUGUCAAAAUAUAAACAACACGUGGUUUAGUGCACAACUGAAAUGGCGCCAUUGAGUUCAUAAAUAAAAUGGUUAAUAUUAUUAUUAUUAUUAUUAUUGGUAUUUUGUUUUAAUGAUUUGCCAUGCAGAUGCAUUUAAUGUUAAUGAAAUUAUUAUAAUCAUUAUUUUAAAA